AUGGAAGGAGGAGGGUUAGGAGGAAGUUUCCCUUAUGGAAAUUACUGCCAGAGAGAUCAUCACCUUGGCCUUCCCCUUCUUAAACCAAGGCCACCCCUCACUGCCAUAGACCGAUUCUUGUGUGGUCAAAGGCAUUUUUCUCAACUUGAAAUUCUUGCCAAUUUCAAGAACAAAGCAACCCUUGUUCCAGUGAAUUCUGAUUUUGUUUCCUCUUCAAGCGGUGGUGCAAUCCAUGGCCAUGCAGGAGGAGGAGGGGUAUUCUCAUGGCCAAUUACUCUACCUCCUUCUCAUGACACAAGUAGUUCCGUCAAUGGGGUUCUUUUCAACAAAGAAAGUACUCCAAACCUGAGUCCAGAAAUGAAUCCCAGUGUCGGUUUAGAAAAGGAAGAAGAUUUACCAAGAGUUCCUAGAGGAACAGGAAGGAGAGGAAAAGGUGACCCAUCUGUAGCUUUAAUCAAAGGCCAGUGGACUGAAGAGGAAGACAACACUCUUAGAAAGCUGGUGAAGCAUUUUGGAGUGAAGAAAUGGGCUCAAAUUGCUGAAAAAAUGGUAGGGAGGGCCGGUAAACAAUGCCGGGAAAGAUGGCAUAACCAUUUGCGUCCAGAUAUCAAGAAGGACGCAUGGAGUCAGGAGGAAGAAAAACUGUUGGUGGAAGCUCAUAUAGAGGUUGGGAACAGAUGGGCAGAAAUUGGCAAAAGAAUUCCAGGAAGGACUGAAAACUCCAUAAAGAAUCACUGGAAUGCCACAAAAAGAAGGCAGAAUUCCAAGAAAAAGUUCAAGAAACCUGAAGGAGUACAUAAUGGAAGAAAUCAAUCAACCAUUCUACAAGAGUAUAUCAAGAGUACUUGUUUCAACGAUGAUUCUUUAAUCAACAUUAGCACAGGCCCUAGCUCCACCACCAUGAUACCAGUCAACAGUGCAGCUACCCAAAUAACCCCAUCUAACUCCGUUAUAUCAGAAGACCCUACAUCAGCUCAUUUCAAUAUGCUUUAUCCAGAGCUAUCUCAAUCAGCUUCUGGUGAUUCCUCGUCCUAUCUAGCUCAACACUCAUAUGAUGAUGAGAUGAAUUUCAUGCAAAACUUAUUUGGGAGCUAUAACCUGAAUGUCUCCACAUCCUGCAAGAACGAUAAAGGAAAGGCUCCUCUAGAUAUUGGAAUUAAUCAGAAGGACAAGUGUUCUACUUCUUUCAACUCUUCUGGGUACAACAGCACUAAUUCUAACAAUCAGGAUUUUGGUGGAAAUUUAGAUUAUGGGUUUUUUCCAUCUUUUGCUGAGCCAAGCUUGCCGACCAGAACUUAUCUAGGUGACCAAGAGAGUAAUCAGCCUAUCCGUAUGUACUCGGACGCUUAUCUCUCUCAUAUUUUGGAUGGAGGCAAUGUCUUAUGUGCUCUUCCUGAGGUCUACCCUAGCAAUAUGAAUAUGGAGAAGAUGAUGAUAGAUCAAGCCAGUCCUUCAGUUGGAAAAGAGGUGGACUUAAUAGAGAUGAUCUCAAAUUCUCAAUUUGCUCGAAAAAAUGCUACUAAUAACUUUGUAUUUUAA